UUGGAACUCAGCCGUCCACACACAUGAGACUUUCUCAAACAUAUAAAUAUAAAGUGUAAAGUCGCAUCUGGACGACAAACACCAUGCGAGCGAGGUUUUAGGGGCAGUUUUGUUUUGUUGCGCUCCAAAGUGAGAAGGCGGACAGGACAGCCGCUGGCCAGCUGAAGCUCGCGGCUAGCUCGUCAACGUUAGCCGGGGGAGAGCGCAGCGAAGCGGGGUGAACAUGGAGCUGGACGACGUGGUGCUGUACCAGGACGACUCUGGCGGCUCUGCCAUGAUGUCCGAGCGGGUGUCCGGCUUGGCCAGCUCCAUCUACCGCGAGUUCGAGCGGCUCAUCGAGAGGUACGGCGAGGACGUGGUGAAGGAGCUGAUGCCGCUGGUCGUCGCCGUGCUGGAGAACUUGGACUCGGUGAUCGCUGUCAACCAGGAGCAAGAAGUGGAGCUGGAGCUGCUGAAGGAGGACAACGAGCAGCUGGUCACCCAGUACGAGCGAGAGAAGGCUCUGAGGAAACACGCCGAGGAGAGGUACAUUGUCCUCGAAGAUUCUCAGGACGGUGAGAAGAAAGACCUUCAGCGUCAACUGGUGAAAUUGGAGUCUCACACUCGUCAACUAGAGCUAAAGGCUAAAAACUAUGCAGAACAGAUUAGCAGACUCGAUGAGAGAGAUGCAGAGCUCAAAAAGGAGUAUAACACCCUUCAUCAGAGACACACUGAGAUGAUCCACAGCUACAUGGAGCACCUGGAGCGGUCAAAACACCAACAUGCCGUGACACCAGCAGAGCCCACAGAUACAGGCACAUCCAGCAGGUCACGGAAGGAGCGUCCAGUCUCCAUGGGCAUAUUCCAACUUCCCGGGACAGAAGGUAUGACCCCUGACCUCCAGAGGGUACCUGUGGAUACCGCGUCUGAACCAUGGAGAUAUAACAACCUCAGCCACCCACGUUCCAACACUAGCCUUAAGGAUGAAUUGACCAGUUCGAACCGCAGAGGUUCCAAAACCAGUUCUCCAAACAACCAAUCAAACGUCUCUAAAAGUGGAGCCCCAGUGUCUUCUCAAGCUGGAGGAUCUUCUCAGGACGGUACCUCUAAAUCAAAUACCCCCACAUCCUCACGCACACUAUUUCCUCUUGAUGGCGCGUCCACCGGCACCAGUCCCAUGUCCAGUCAUGCGGGUGGAUCUGCUUCUGCUACAUCUCUGUCUACCACUGCUUCAGACGUGGCCAUGCAGUCUGUGGACACUCCUCUUCAGGAACAGGAGGCUUCAGACAGGCUCAACAGGAACCUGGACAGGAGCAGCGGAAAGCCAGAGAGCAAUAAGAACAUCGCAGCAGUGCAGGAAGGUCAGCAGGGUCAGCAAGGACAUGACGGUCAGGAGUCUGCUUCUACACUGUUUGAAAGUGAAGAUGGAGCAGACAACCUGGAGAAGUCUGAGGUGCAGGCGAUCAUAGAAUCCACUCCUGAAUUGGGCAUGGAUCUUGACGGCUGCAUAGGAACAAGCACACCAGUUAAAGGCGGCAUAGAGAAUCUAGCGUUCGACCGGAACACUGAGUCUCUGUUUGAGGAGCUGUCGUCUGCAGGAAACGACAUGAUAGCAGACAUGGACGAAGGCGCUGACCUACUGGGUAUGGGACGGGAAGUCGAACAUCUUAUCCAUGAAAACACCCAGCUGCUGGAGACCAAAAACGCUUUGAAUGUGGUGAAAAAUGACCUGAUCGCUCGCCUGGAUGAACUGUCCUGUGAGAAGGAGGUUCUUCAGGGAGAGCUGGAUGCUGUCACUCAGGCCAAAACCAACCUGGAGGAGAAGAACAAAGAAUUAGAAGAAGAGCUCAAGAAGUUCCGAGCAGAGCUGGAAGAUUCCAAACAGAAAGUCAAGAUUGAGAAUGAGGAUGAUAGUGAUGUGCCUACAGCGCAGAGGAAGCGCUUCACCAGGGUGGAGAUGGCCAGGGUCCUGAUGGAGAGGAACCAGUACAAGGAGAGACUGAUGGAGCUGCAGGAGGCGGUCAGGUGGACAGAGAUGAUCAGGGCUUCAAAGGAUAAUCCAGCUCUUCCGGAGAAGAAGAAAUCCAGCCUCUGGCAGUUUUUCAGCCGUUUGUUCAGCUCGUCGGGCGGAGCAGCCAAGAAGCCGUCGACGGAGGCGCCAGUGAACGUCAAGUACAACGCACCGACCGCUCAGAUUCAGCCGUCCGUCAAGAAGAGGAGUACCACCCUGCAGCAGCUGCCCAGUGACAAGAGCAAAGCCUUUGAUUUUCUUAAUGAGGAAGUUGCAGCUGAUAACGUGGUGUCCAGGCGAGAGCAGAAGAGAGUGCAGUACCAGCAGGUCAAAGCUCACGUCCAGAAGGAGGACGGCAGAGUGCAGGCGUACGGCUGGAGCCUGCCCAAGAAGCACAAAGCAAAUGGAGGUCAGGCAGAGAGUAAGAUGAAGAAUCUGCCUGUUCCUGUCUUCCUCAGACCACUGGAUGAGAAAGAUGCUUCUGUGAAGCUGUGGUGUGCUGCCGGUGUGAAUCUCUCUGGAGGUAAAACCAGAGAUGGAGGAUCGAUCGUAGGAGCCAGUGUGUUCUACAGUGAUGUGCCUGCACCUGAAAGCCCUAAAAGGAAGAUUGGGUGUCAGAGCAGCCUGGACAAACUGGAUCAAGACAUCAAGGAGCAGCAGAUGGAGCUGAGGCAGCAGGACGAGUUAUCAUCGCUGGUGUGGAUCUGUACCAGCACCCAGUCCACCACUAAAGCUGUUGUCAUUGAUGCCAACCAGCCUGGAAACAUCCUGGAGAGCUUCUUUGUUUGUGACUCUCAUGUCCUCUGCAUCACCAGCGUUCCAGGUGCAAGAGAGACUGACUACCCAGCUGGUGAGGAAGUACCUCCGAACUCUGAGGCAGGAUCAGUGGACGAUGGCAGCUCAACAGCAACCAACAGCAUCUCAACAGGUGAAGAAGGUGUGCUCGGAGGCAUCACUGUCGUGGGCUGUGAAGCUGAAGGAUCAGUCGCUAUUCCCCAGACCGCAGACGGUCCUGGGAAAAAUGGAGGAACUGAAGAAGAAGCUACAGAAGCGACCGAGGCCAGCGCAGGGCUCUCUGACCACAGAGAAGCCCUGAGGGGUGUCUACACCGAGCACGUCUUCACUGAUCCACUGGGAGCGAAGCCCACACCAGAGGCUCCAGCCAACUACACUCAGAGGGAGAGUGAUCUGUUGAAAGAUGGUGUAAGUUCAAACCCCACAGCUGAGGAGCAGGACCUGAUGAGAGAAGAGGCUCAGAAGAUGAGUAGCGUCCUGCCCACCAUGUGGCUGGGGGCACAGAAUGGAUUCGUGUACGUUCACUCCUCUGUGGCCCAGUGGAAGAAGUGUCUCCAUUCCAUAAAGCUAAAGGACGCUGUGCUCGGCAUAGUACAUGUGAAAGGGCGUGUUCUGGUCGGCCUCUCUGAUGGUACCUUAGCCAUAUUCCACAGAGGAGUAGAUGGACAGUGGGACCUGACAAACUACCACCUGAUUGACAUGGGGAGGCCGCACCACUCCAUCCGCUGUAUGACUGUCGUACAUGACAAGGUGUGGUGUGGCUACAGGAACAAGAUUUAUGUGGUGCAGCCCAAAGCCAUGAAGAUCGAGAAGUCAUUUGACGCCCACCCUCGUGCAGACAGUCAGGUACGACUUCUGGCAUGGGACGGUGAUGGGAUCUGGGUUUCCAUCAGGCUGGACUCCACUCUCAGGCUGUUCCACGCUCACACCUACCAACACCUCCAGGAUGUGGACAUCGAGCCCUACGUCAGCAAGAUGCUGGGGACGGGGAAACUUGGCUUCUCAUUCGUGCGAAUCACAGCUCUCACUGUGUCAUGUAACCGUCUGUGGAUGGGCACUGGAAACGGAGUCAUCAUCUCCAUCCCUCUAACAGAGUCAGCCACCACGGCAGCAAAGGCAGCAGGUAACCAUCCAGGAAGUGUGGUCCGAGUCUACGGCGACGACUGCGGCGACAAAGUGACAGCAGGGACGUUUGUUCCAUACUGCUCCAUGGCUCAGGCUCAGCUCUGUUUCCAUGGUCACCGGGAUGCUGUCAAGUUCUUCACUGCUGUCCCAGGUCACGCAAUUCCAUCUGCCUCCUGUGGAGGAGAAGCAGGAGGUGACCGGGCAACAGAUGCCUCAUCUCAGGAAGGAACCAAGUCUAUGUUGGUGAUGAGUGGAGGAGAAGGUUACAUAGACUUUAGAAUGGGUGACGAGGAGGGCGAGGCCGAGGAAGGAGACGAUGCCCCAAUGAAACUGCAGCCCUUAAUGGCCAAAGCCGAGCGCAGCCACCUUAUCGUGUGGCAGGUCCUGGGAAACGAGGACUGAAAUCUGACCUUUGACCCCCAUGCCCAAUUUGCCUUUUUCUUCUCAAACCUGCAGCCACAGAGGAGGCGUUCAGGGGAGCGACCGCCCUCUGCAGCCGCGGGUUUAAUCAGCACUUUUGUCCUUCUCCUCAAACCUGAACAAUAAGCGUGAAACAAGCAAAAACUGCUCUGAGAGCUUUUACUCUUUGGUAAACUGGAGUAGAGCAGUGUAAACACAAACUGCAUGUUAUCGUUUUAUUUCUUGUUUUCUUGUUUUUAUUUUUAUUUUAAAGAUUUAAAUAUCAAA